AUGAGGUUUACUCUGAUUAUCUUCAGCGUCCUGCUGGCCUCUGUCUCCACAACCUAUCCAUUCUGCUUUGCACAAGCAGCGACUAUUAUCACCUCAUUACUGACGACAGAAACUACCAUCACCAACCUGUACACGUCACUACUGGCUCAGACAGUCACCCAACCGCCAGUCACAGUGACCCGCAUUGCACAAGCUCCAGCAGGUCUGGCUUCACAGGCGGCCGCCUAUCCUCUAUCGGCCCCUCAACUAGUCACAAAUCCUCUACUGGCUUCACAGGCGGCCACCUAUCCUCUAUCCGGCCCUCAACCAGCCGCCUAUCCUCUACCGGCUUCACAGGCGGCCGCCUAUCCUCUAACCGGCCCUCAACCAGCCGCAAAUCCUCUACCGGCCCCUCAGCCAGCCCAGGCCGGUGGGCAAGCGUCAGGCGGUGGGUUCGGCCUGCCAAACCCAUUUGGUGCAGUAGGAGAUAUCGUUGGCGGCGUGGCUGAUGUUGCUGGUGACAUUGUGAACGGUGGAGCUCAUCUGGCUGGUCAAGUAGUCGACACUGCUGGCGACGCUGUUCGGGGUGUCGGUGGGGGGAACUAUAUCGCGCCGGUGCCUAUCCCAGGAGCACCGGCCGUACCAGCAGUGCCAGGACUCCCAGGACUCCCAGGAGUGCCGGGAGUGCCGGGGGUACCAGGCGCGCCAGCAGUUCCAGCAGCUCUUGGGGUUGUUGGGGGUGCUGUGCCUCCUGGAUUGGGACCCGCCCUUGCACCGGUACCUUCUCCAAUGCCAUUUCCAGGUUCUCCAGGUACGCCAGCGCUAUCUGCUCCCGUUCCUGGGGAACAAAGCCUUGGUUCUGCGGUUCCCGUUCCUACGGGGUCAUUGGUAAUCCCUAGCGCCGGUCCUGUCGGCAGUUUUACAACUGGAUCUCCAGCAAUGCCUUCAGCGAGCAUUCCCACCACCAACGGGCCAACGUACGCUCCCUCAAUGUCAUUGACACCAAGGCCGGCACCUUCGACUUCGAAGGGCGUAACCCCAAGUUCAAUAUCAUCUUCGAUGACCGCUUCCAGUCCAUCCGCAACUACAUCGGGAUCAGCAGUUAUCUCCUACCUCACGGAGACUCUAACGCAAAAAGGGACGCUUGAGAUCGAGGUACAUGGAACGGUGACGCAUAUACUUCGAGGCAGUUCGUUCUUGUCUCUGGUUACAUCACACUCGUCUUCGCAUACUUCCUCGCCUUCCUCGUCACAAACCUCGACCCAGGCCUUGCCAACGCGUAAACCAACGCGUAAAGGAACUGUCUUGGUCGGUCCUUCAGAGGCCACAGCCAAAAUGACCCGCACUUUCGAUCCCACAGUUCCUGUACCGACGCAUAGCUGCCCGCGAGAGGCCAUUGUAGCUGUAGCACAACACCGUGACUUUUGCAACAACCCCGGGGCUGACAAGCCGACUAAAAUGGUAUACUGUACCUUUGAGCCAACCAUCGAGUUGUGUUGCGGCGCGUGGGAGCAAGGACAUGAGCAAGAGUAUGGAGGAUAUGAAACUGUUCGUCGACGAAUAAUCUACGAGUCCUCAGACCCGACGACCAUUCUAACCUCACGGCCGUUCGAGUGGCAGCUCCAAGAAGUUAGAGAUAAUGCGGGCAACAUUGUCGAACGUGAGGUGAUCAAACAACAAACAACCGAGUUCAACAUGAAUGCCCACACCUGUGAGUUAUGGAGAGCCACGGAUGACCAAUUCGCCUUCUACAUGCAGAAUCUCGCCACUUUUGGAGUCUAUGAUGUUGACAGAACUGGGCGUGCAAUUGGUACCACAGCUUUCUGGGAAUGGGAACCAGAAGGGCGGUGGCCGCCUUAUGGAGAGCAGGGCACCGUGCCAACCACCGGGUCCCAACCCGGGAUCUGGACACCGAAGCCGGGCACAGAAGGCAACGCUCAGCCGGAAAGUCCGCAAAAGCUGGACGACUUGAUAACUGACUAUGACCAGCGCAGAGAGUGGUUCAGGAAAAGACUUGGGGAAAGUGAACUGCACCUUCACGGUGCAAAGGACAGAGCGGGCGAAGGAUGCUCUAAGCGUCUCUCACCCAUCGAUUUCGAGUCGAGGAUCGAGAAACUUGGCAUGCGCACAGACGCCUUGAAUCAACAUCUGCCUGCUUGGCCCACAAAGAAGGUAUGGCAGAACAGGAGAGAUCGGGAGGUAGCUCGUGUGCUCUGGAAAGAUUUCUUCGCAGCCCUCAACGUUUGUGCUGAAACUCUGGAAAACCGCCUGCCUUCAAAACCAGAACGUGCCGAAUACUCCAACCAAGAAGAUUGGAUGGCCGCUUUCACAAACUGGAGAAAUCUGUUCACGGAUGAACCGCUCCAGAAAUCCAGAGGCACGACCCCGAAGCCAGAUCGUCCGAAAUGCCCAAAGGAGGCCAUGAAGAAGCUUGCCAAACUUGGAAAGCACCUGAAGGACGCGAGCGUGAAGAGUGUGCCGAAGGAGGAUGCAAAAUGGGACUUGCUGGAUACCUAUGCGACUGAGCUCCUGAACAAGGGUGUGUGCCGUGAACAGAUACUUGUGAUUCUGGCCAAGCCCCACAGGAAGGCGUACUCGAGCUUUCGAAAGUGGUAUUCCGACCGCCGCGCGUGGAACAAGUACAUUUCAAGUCUCGAGAAAGGAGAGGAUGCUCCGCUUCCGAAAAUCGACGCCUUCAAAAACAAACAGCCUACCCAAAACCAGCCUAGUGAAAACAACCCUACACAAGACUGA